AUGAGUAAUGGAGAUAUGUGCCUUCUGGAUAGUGCCACAACUCAUACGAUACUAAGAGAAAAGAAAUAUUUCUCUUAUUUGGUAAUGAAAAAGGCAUAUGUUAAUACAAUAUCCGGUAGUACAAAAUUGAUUGAGGGUUCUGGAAGAACGACUUUAUUACUACCUGGAGGAACAUUAUUGGUAAUUGAUAAUGCAUUGUAUUGUAGUAAGUCUCAAAGAAACUUGUUAAGUUUCAAGGUUAUUCGCCAAAAUGGCUAUCAUGUUGAGACUGCGAAUGAAGGAAAGGUUGAAUACCUUUAUAUUACUAUAAUAAAUGCAGAGAAGAAAACUGUGCAUGAAAAAUUGUCUGCACUUUCUUCUGGGUUGUACCAUACAAGUAUUGGUACAGUUGAAUCACAUGCCGUGGUAAAUAAAAAGUUUACUGGUUCUAAUGAUUUUAUCAUUUGGCAUGACUGGUUAGGCCAUCCCGGUUAUAAUAUGAUGCGCAGAAUAAUUGAAAAUUCACAUGGGCAUACUUUGAAGAACCAAAAUGUUCUUCAAUCAAAUGAAUUCACUUGUGCUGCUUGUACACAAGAAAAGUUGGUUAUCAAACCAUCAUUGGCUAAGGUUGGGAUGGAAUCCCCUGUAUUUAUGGAACGGAUACAGGGUGAUAUAUGUGGACCUAUUCACCUUGCAUGUGGACCAUUUAAAUAUNCUCCUAGCUAG